AUGCGACCUUUCGCCCUCCGAAGCUCUCUCCGCGCUAUCCCAAGAACCCCCCGAACAACCCCCAUCGCCUCCCCAGCCUUAUCCACCGCCCUACUCGUCCGCCCCUUCUCCUCCACCCUCCCCACUCUCAAAAAGAACAAACACGGCCAAGGCGCCAAAUCGCCCAAACAAAAGAUCAGAGUGACGGAAGAUGACGAAGCCGGUGCGGCCGAUGCGGAGGGAGCUGGGGAGGUGGUGAUCGAGGAGGUGGUGCAAAAGGCUAGGGGGAAGAUGGAGAAGGCGGUUCAUUGGGCGAAGGCUGUUGUGUUUGAAGGUGUCGAGAGGGGAAGGGGAAGGGUGACUCCUGCUAUUCUGGAUUCGGUUCGAGUGACGAUUCCCGAUACGCCUGGAACUGUCCAUCUCAAUUCGUUGGCGUCUGUCACGGUCAAGGGAAACACCUUGUUUGUCGAGGUCUGGGAUAGUGCUUCGUUGAAGCAGGUAGAAUCUGCUAUUCACGGUGCCAACCUUCCCGGUAUCUCUCCACAAAGAAUGGGCGGCACGACGCUCAAAAUUCCCGUCGCUCGACCAACAGUCGAACAACGCACCGAAAUCCUCCGCCAACUGUCACAAACGACCGAAACCGCCAAAACGCAGAUCCGUACCGCCCGUACCGACGGCUUCAAGGCUCUCGGCGGGCGAAAGGCGAAUGGGACGGAUGCAGUGCAGAAGCUGGUGGAUGAGAUGUGCAAGGAGCUGGACGAGCAGAUGGUGUUGGCGAAGAAGGAGUUUGAGAAGGCGUAG